UUUUCUUCAAACAUUGAUAACAAAACAUGAAUGCUCUACAUCAGUAUAUCAGUUCUGCAAUGUCCUCAUCUGUUUUGUAUAAAUGUACCCACCAACGCAGUUUUAUAUUUUUAAAUAUUAAAAACCAAACUGCAGUUUCGAAAUUAUUUUCUACAUCGAGAUGUCAUCAAAAAAUUAUUCCAAAAAAUCUGAAAGGUAUGAAGAAAAGUUCACAAAUGUGGCUGAAACGACAGUUAAACGAUCCAUAUGUAGAAAAAGCAAAGAUGGAACACCUUCGAUGUCGCAGUGCUUUUAAAUUACUGGAAAUUGAAGACAAGCACAAACUGUUCAAGCCAGGAGACAUCGUAAUAGACUGUGGAGCGGCACCAGGGUCUUGGUCACAAGUUGCAGUGGAGAGAGUAAAUGCCACAAGAACAGAUUUAAACAGCCCACAGGGUGUGGUGAUCAGCAUAGACUUGGACUAUAUUGCACCACUGGUGGGUGCCAACAUUCUUGACAAGUCUGACUUCACUCAUGAAAACACUCAGAAUGAAGUACUUCAUAUUCUUGAUGGAAGAAAAGCAGACAUUGUACUGAGCGAUAUGGCACCCAAAGCCAGUGGCGUCAAAUUCAUGGACCACGAUCUUAUAAUUGGGUUGUGUUUCUCAGUGUUGAAGUUCAGUGUCGGUGUGUUGAAAGAAGGUGGAAUAGUCUUGUGCAAGUUGUGGCAGGGAAGCGACCAGACGAAGCUGGAGGGCGUCAUGGAAAAUAUGUUCAACAAAACACGAGUGAUCAAACCACCAGCCAGUCGUUCCCAGUCUGCAGAGGUCUUCUUGUUAGGACAAGGUUUCCGUGGAAUAAAGCAACCAAAUUAAACUGUUGUUAGUACCCUACCGUUUCAACUGUCGGUCCGUCUGCCCCACAUAUAGUUUUCGGACGUUUCAUUCACAUAGCCUCGAGAUAUUGAGCUGAAAUUUGUGUAUUGCUUUAUCAUGUACGGUUAGAUAUCAAGUUUGUCUUUCGUGGUAUUUUACCCAUUUUUGACAGAGCUCGGGUCCUUGAACUUAGGAGAUAUGAAAAUGUUUUCCAGACAUUUUUUUCACAAAGCCUCAAGAUACUGAGCUGAAAUUUUGUGUCUAGCUUUACCAUGUACUAUUACUAAUCAAGUUGGGACUUUCAUGGCUUUUUACCAAUUUUUCACAGAAUCAUGGCCAUUGAAUUUAGGAGAUGAUCAACUGCGAUGAUCCAGUAUUAAGCGAAGGCACAGAUUAAAAUAAAAUUGUGAGUCAAUAUAAAAGGAACCCCACCCUGUCUCCCGACAGUGACCAUAUAAACAACAAGAAUAUAGCAUGUAAAGAUAUAAGUUUAUUUUAAAAUUAUUCACAAUUUGACAUGUAUUAUGCUUAUUAAGCAGUAGGGCCUCCACGAGCCCAAAAUAUUGGACUGAGUACUCGAGUUCGAUGACUGUCACUUUUCGCACCCUUGUUUUGGCUUUGUACACAAUAAAUAUAGCAUAUUUUACCGUAAUUUCAUUUGAAAUCCACAUUUCGUAAAAGGUACAAUUUUUUAAUCACAAGAUUUUUUUCAAACACAUUCAGGUGUAGGUAGUAAGGUUCAAACAAAAACAUUUCAACAGCAAUUUUGCAGUGGAAUUUUUCAACAUUCUUAAAACAGAAACUUCAUGUACCCAGUUUAUGGUUAUUGUAAGAUGCAAAGUGACGUCAUUGGAAUAUGGAUGUCAUUCAAAUUCAAAAUUAGCUAUAUUAUUACAAUGCUUCACCAUAUUAAA